AUGACAACGCUAGACCUCAUACAUCUCAUUCAGGACCUGCUUGUUUCAUUCGAGUGGGAUAUUGUGCCUCACCCACCCUACUCUCUGGACCUGGCACAAUCGAAUUAUAAUCUUUUCAAUAAAUUGAAGGAGUUUUUGGGUGGAUUACGAUUUUUAAAUGACGAGGAUGCCCAGAAUACCUUCGACAAUUGGCUUCAGGAUGUGGAUUGUAAGGUGUACGACGAGAGUACACAAAAACUGGAAUCUCGGAAAAUGGAACAUACUAAGCGAACCAGAAAUAGUGGAGCGUGUUGCCGGGAUGAGUCCAAAAUGGUUAGAUGCGCGGUAACAGCAUUGGAGAAAAUGAGGGAUUACUUGUUCGAAACGUCUGCUUGUCAAGAUACAGAUGAUAUGAGCACUCCGGGUGACUACGGUUGCGUAACUGACUGCAACAAAUACACGACCCAGGAAUGUCCAUUUCGGGGAACCGGGAUGCCACCUAAUCUGAUGCGAACAUUCUGUGUGAAUAAGAAGAAAUUGGCUGUCGGCCGGUUGGGCCCAAAUAUGAUUCGACUGUUGCCAGGCCAGGUUGGGGUAGUCGGUGACCGAGCCACUUUCCACUUGGGUCAUGGGGUGGCAAGAAGAAGGACCCCUGCCGUCAAGGCCGCUACCACUGAGAACAAUGGCCAAUCUGUGGUGCCAACGACCGUCGUUGUCGACCGACCGACUGCCACAAAGUACAUCAACACUCAACGCAAAAGGAUAAUGCAUGUGUUGCCCGCGGUUCCGGUGUCUUCCAAUAACCUGGCGGUCGGCCCAGUCACUGGACUACCUGUGGACGAUAAGGAACACGUCUUUGUUUUGCGACUAUCCAAAGCUUAUGAAAACCCCGCCGACGUAGCCUGCUUGCAGGUCGAAAUGCGUUUGCCUAACUCACCACCAGAUAUAAAGCGCACGGACGCCGAAACUCAAUUUUUAGAUGAUGAUUUAAAGACCACCGCCGUGACUGGUGAAAAAAAGAAGAGAUCAAAAAAGAGGUCCAAAUCAGGAUCAAAAAGGAGGUCCAAAUCAGGAUCAAAAAAGAGGUCCAAAUCAGGAUCAAAAAAGGGGAAAAAUGACAAAUGA